AUGUUUACACAGGUGAUGAUGGUGAUUGUUGAGGAUUGUGGCAUUGAUGGCAAGAAACGAGAAGGUGCUGCUGCUACAGAUGCUGGUGCUACAGAUGCUGGUGCUACAGAUGCUGCUGCUGCAGAUGCUGGCGCUACAGAUGCUGGUGCUACAGAUGCUGCUGCUACAGAUGCUGCUGCUACAGAUGCUAGUGCUGCAGAUGCUGGUGCUACAGAUGCUGCUGCUACAGAUGCUGCUGCUACAGAUGCUGCUGCUACAGAUGCUAGUGCUGCAGAUGCUGGUGCUACAGAUGCUGCUGCUACAGAUGCUGCUGCUACAGAUGCUGCUGCUACAGAUGCUAGUGCUGCAGAUGCUGGUGCUACAGAUGCUGCUGCUACAGAUGCUGCUGCUACAGAUGCUGCUGCUACAGAUGCUAGUGCUGCAGAUGCUGGUGCUACAGAUGCUGGUGCUACAGAUGCUGCUGCUACAGAUGCUGGUGCUACAGAUGCUGCUGCUACAGAUGCUGCUGCUACAGAUGCUGCUACAGAUGCUGCUGCUACAGAUGCUAGUGCUACAGAUGUUGGUGCUACUUAA